UUUUUCCUUUACUUUACAGUUUUUUUUUUUUUCUUAUAAACCUAGUGAAGUCUAUGAAUGCCUUCUAGGUCAUUUGAAUCAUAUUAUCUAUCGUCUUUAGAUUAGAUAAUAAAAGUGUUUAUUCACAUCAGCCGUGAAAUUUGAUUAAACCGUGUACGCAUACUUGACCCGGUUAUCGAUCUUGAAUGAAUUCCACAGAAGCAUUGAAGAGUUCGCAGUAUACUUGGAUAUAUACACAACAGUCUGGACAACAACGACGUUGAAAGUUGAUAAAGCGGUUUUUACUAGAAAGGGAAAGUAUCCCAGAGAGUCACUUCUACAUGUCUAGCACGCAAUCAUAUACAACUCAAUUUCUUUCACUCUCCAAUCACAUGUUGGUGGAUUAAUAAUAAAGCAAGAAAAAUACAAUUUUGCAUCAACAAUAACAGCAAUAAUAACUAUAAUAAAAAUAAAAGAAUACUGAUUAUCAUGUUGAUAAUGAUGAAAAUAAAAUAUUUAUCUUUAUUGGCUUGGUAAACAUCUCUUGGUAUACUGUUGAUACCACGUGGAUUAAAUGUCUAUAUUUUAAUCUACCUAACUAAUAAGAAUCUCAGGUCAAAAUAAUCUCAGACAUGAUGAUUGCUUUAAGACGAUUUUGAUAAGUUGAGUACCACUGCAAGCUUUACGUAACAAUUUAUAGUCUGGUAAAGUAGUUGAUUAUUGUGUUAUAAUUGUCAUUGUUUUCACUGAUGGAUUCACAUUCAAAAUGAGUUUAAAUAAAGAAUUAUUAUUAAAAUACGUAAAAAUAAAUGAUUAACAAGGAUUUAUUGUGGUCACUAUUCAUUUAUUGCCAUCAAUUGAAUUCUAUUAGUCAGCAGAAUAUGAGCUAAAUAUAAAAAAAUAAUUUUAAAUCAGAAUCAAUUACAGUAUGGUUUAUAAAAUUGGGAUGUCAAUUGGUGGUUAAGGAGUGUUAAUUAACAUAAAGAAUUAUAAAAAUGCCUCGGAGAAGAUUAAUUAUUACCACGUGCAGUGAUAGAGAAAUUAAAAAAAACCAAGAAGAAGACUGAUGUCAUGGAGAUCAAGAUAUGUUUUACGUGACGUAGGAGGACAGAAAUAUGUAACAGACGAUGAAGAAGCCGUCUCGUCGGCACGAAAUCAGUGCCACGAGGUUGAGGUUGGAGCUUUUGAGCGAAUGAUUGUUAAGUAGGAUAGAGAUGAGUAUCGAGACAGACACUCUGGAGCUUGAAGUCUUCGAGGUACGAGACGACGAAGGCACUGCCGAAGAGUCCUCGAGAGUAGCUGGUAAAUCAACAAAAGAUGUUGAUCCAGUGGUAACAAAUGUUACCGGAAGAAGUUGGAGAAAGAAACGAAAACGUCGGAAAUUGAAAAAACAACGUUCAUCAUCAACUCAUGUGGUUGUUAAUUUUCCAUCAUCAUCAUCGAAUGACGUUGAACAAGCUGGAGAAUGCUCCAAGCGAGAUUCUUCAAGUAGUUUGGGUGGUCCAAGUAAUCGUCAUACUUUACGAGAGUCUUUGCUCACUGUUCUCGGAAAAUUAGUCGUCUGGAAAGGUACACGAUAUCGACCCACUCCAACGACUUCAUCCUCAGCACCUCCUAAUUCACCACCAGCUACUGAAUGUAUAGGACGUAGUUCUGUAUUUUUUUCCAGUGAAACGGAAAGGAGAAUUCGUGCAAAUAAUCGGGAGUACAACUCACAAUUUAAAUAUGCUAACAAUUACAUUAAAACGUCCAAAUAUUCUGUUCUGACGUUCCUGCCAUUAAACUUAUUUGAGCAGUUUCAACGGCUCGCCAAUUUUUACUUCCUAUGUCUACUGGUUCUUCAAAUGAUCCCCGCCAUAUCUUCACUCACCCCAAUUACUACAGCAAUACCUCUCAUUGGGGUACUCACACUCACUGCCGUCAAAGAUGCCUACGACGACUUUCAACGACAUAGCAGCGAUUCACAAGUGAACAAUAGAAAGUCACAAACACUUCGAGGAACAAGCCUUAAAGUGGAGAAAUGGUCGCAAGUCCAAGUAGGAGAUGUGAUAAGAAUGGAAAAUGAUCAAUUCGUUGCAGCUGAUGUUCUUUUAUUAUCCACUAGUGAACCAAAUGGCCUCUGUUAUAUUGAGACUGCAGAAUUAGAUGGGGAGACGAAUUUGAAAUGCCGUCAAUGUUUAGCGGAGACAGCAGCAAUGAUGGACAAUCACGAGUUGAUAGGAGAAUUUGAUGGCGAAAUAAUAUGUGAGACUCCAAACAAUUUGUUGAACAAAUUUGACGGAAUAUUAAAUUGGAAAGGACAAAAGUAUGCAUUGGACAACGACAAGAUAAUAUUACGGGGUUGUGUACUAAGGAAUACACAGUGGUGCUAUGGUGUGGUGAUCUUUGCUGGCAAGGACACCAAACUGAUGCAAAACUCAGGAAAAACAAAAUUCAAAAGGACCUCAAUAGAUAGACUCCUAAAUCUCCUGAUUAUUGGAAUCGUAUUUUUUCUCCUGUCCCUGUGUUUAUUCUGCAUGGUUGGUUGUGGCAUAUGGGAGAGUUUAGUAGGCCGAUAUUUUCAAAUAUAUUUACCAUGGGACUCAUUAGUGCCUACUGAUCCAAUUGGUGGUGCAACUGUGACAGCUCUACUUGUAUUUUUUUCGUACUCAAUUGUGUUAAAUACUGUCGUGCCAAUAAGUUUAUACGUGAGUGUUGAAGUUAUAAGAUUCGUUCAAUCAUUCCUUAUUAAUUGGGACGAGGAGAUGUAUUAUGCACCAACGAAUACACAUGCAAGAGCCAGAACUACGACACUCAAUGAAGAAUUAGGCCAAAUUGAGUAUAUUUUCUCCGACAAAACGGGUACUCUUACACAGAACAUCAUGACGUUCAACAAAUGCUCGGUUGCCGGCAAAAGCUACGGUGAUGUCAUUGAUCAAGUCACCGGUGAAAUUAUUGAUCUCAGUGAGACGGACAGAUCAUCAAAGGUAUCAGCAAUGAAAUGGAACAAUGGCCAGGAUUUUGUACGUCCGGUUUACACGCCAAUUACCAGCGCCAAUGCUCGACUUUUAGAACAAGGAGACUUGAUAUCCACCACAACACCAGAGCCAAGUAUCAACGGAGGCACUAAAGACUCAUUUGAAUAUGCAACUGCACCCCCUAUAGAUUUUUCAUUUAAUAAAGACUACGAGCCAGAAUUUAAAUUCUAUGAUCCAUCGUUAUUAGAAGCAGUGAAGAAAGAUGAUGAAAAUGUCCACAUGUUUUUCCGUCUUCUGGCUCUCUGUCAUACGGUGAUGCCUGAUGAAAAGAAUGGAAGAAUUGAGUAUCAAGCACAAUCACCAGACGAAGCAGCACUUGUUUCAGCUGCAAGAAAUUUUGGCUUUGUGUUUCGAGAACGUUCACCAAAUAGUAUAACAAUAGAAGUGAUGGGUAAACGUGAAAUUUAUGAAUUAUUAUGUAUUUUGGACUUUAAUAACGUGAGGAAACGAAUGUCUGUGAUUCUAAGACGUAAUGGACAUCUUCGAUUGUAUUGUAAAGGAGCUGAUAAUGUAAUUUAUGAAAGGUUAAAGCCAGGAAAUGAAGAAUUUAAGCAAAAAACUCAGGAACAUUUAAGUAAAUUUGCUGGUGAAGGAUUAAGGACUUUGUGUUUGUCAGUGAAAAAUUUAGAGGAGAGUUUUUUUAAUGACUGGAAACAGCGUCAUAUGGAAGCUGUGUUGAGUGGUGAGGAUAAGGAUGACAAACUUGAUGCUAUUUAUGAGGAAAUUGAAAAAGAUAUGACAUUAUUAGGAGCCACUGCCAUUGAAGAUAAACUACAAGAUGGAGUGCCACAAACAAUCGCAAAUUUGAGUCUUGCUGGAAUCAAAUUAUGGGUUCUUACAGGAGAUAAACAAGAAACUGCUAUCAACAUAGGAUAUUCAUGUCAACUAUUAACAGACGAACUCACGGAUGUCUUCAUUGUUGAUGCCACGACGUACGAUGGUGUUGAAACACAAUUAAAUCGUUAUUUAGAGACCAUAAAGACUGCUUCGAGCCAACAAAAAAGGCCGGCUCUGUCGAUCGUCACAUUCAGGUGGGACAAGGAAAGUGAUACAGAAUACAAUCGAGAUGAGCCUGAAGAUCACGAGCUUGAAAUUUCUUCAGGAUUUGCUUUUGUGAUUAAUGGCCAUUCUUUGGUUCAUGCACUUCAUCCACAAAUGGAAAACCUUUUUCUAGAAGUCUCCAGCUCAUGUAAAUCUGUGAUCUGUUGUCGAGUAACACCACUCCAAAAAGCCAUGGUGGUAGAACUAAUAAAGAAAAACAAAGAUGCUGUAACACUGGCAAUUGGUGACGGUGCUAAUGAUGUAUCAAUGAUAAAAACAGCUCACAUAGGUGUUGGAAUCAGUGGUCAAGAAGGUUUACAAGCUGUCUUAGCAUCAGAUUACUCAAUAGGACAAUUUAGGUUUCUUGAAAGGUUGCUGUUUGUCCAUGGGAGAUGGUCGUACUACAGAAUGUCUAAAUUUCUUCGAUAUUUUUUCUACAAAAAUUUCGCUUUCACGUUAUGCCACAUCUGGUUUGCAUUCUUUUGUGGAUUUAGCGCACAGACUGUUUUCGAUCCAAUGUACAUCUCAGUCUACAACUUAUUCUACACUUCAUUGCCUGUUCUGGCUGUUGGUGUGUUUGAUCAGGACGUAAACGAUAAGAAUAGCUUGUUGUAUCCAAAAUUAUAUACUCCAGGAUUACAGAAUUUACUUUUUAAUAAAAAAGAAUUUUGUUGGAGUGCUCUUCAUGGAUUCUGGGCCAGUUGUAUUUUAUUUCUUGUACCAUACGGAACUUAUAAAGAUGGAGUUUCGCCAAAGGGCUACGUACUUUCAGAUCAUAUGCUGCUGGGCAGUGUAGUAGCAACAAUCUUAGUUAUCGUCGUUACAGUUCAAAUAGCCUUAGACACGUCUUAUUGGACGAUUGUCAAUCACUUUAUGGUAUGGGGUUCGGUCAUUUGGUAUUUCAUUUUAGAUUAUUUUUAUAAUUUCAUCAUUGGAGGAAGCUACGUUGGAAGUUUGACUAUGGCCAUGUCAGAAGCAACAUUCUGGUUUACCACAGUAUUGUCAUGUAUUAUUCUGGUGAUCCCAGUACUCUCCUGGAGGUUCUUCUUCAUUGACGUAAGGCCAACAUUAUCAGAACGAGUCCGAUUGAAGCAGAGAUUAGCUCAAAUGCGAUCUCGACAAAGUCAAGACAUUUUACGUACACCAUCCACACGAAGAACACGACGAUCAUUACGAUCUGGAUAUGCUUUUGCUCAUCAAGAAGGCUUUGGAAGACUUAUAACUUCUGGAAAAAUAAUGAGAAAGUUACCAAAUGGUUCAGACUUUAAAUUUGCUAUGCCAUUCUCGAAUAAUGUUAGCAAACAAGUGAGUGCUAAUCAACAACAUGCAUCGACAUCUCCGAAUGAUGGAAUGUCACACAGAAAUUCACACAGUCUUGACACUAUCAAUCUGUAAGUUUUUCCGUUUAUUCCUCUUAAAACAGAAGCUUUAAAUUAGAUUAUUUAUCGAAUAAAAUUCAUUAUUUGAAUACGAAAAAUAAAAAUUCAAAAUUCAUUUGUAUUAAUAAAAUAUUCAACGGAAAGAGUAUUAAAAUAAAUCCGAAGCUCCUGCGUGAUACUCUAUUUACGUGAUAUAAUUCAUUAGGAGGCCGUGUUAAAAUCACGAGUAUUUAAUUAAUUAGUUUAUCAGUCAAAGUUAUUAUCAGUGAUAGAUUAUUAUUGAUAAUCAAUACAAUUUAUUAAUAGAUAAUUUGUUGAUUAAUUCAUUAGUUAAUUAAUUUUAUCUGUUACUAAUUUAAAAGCUCAUUGCACAAGAUUAUUUUAUUUAAUACUUUAUUUAUUUUGAAUAAGCCUCCGUGUCUUGUUUGAACUUUUGAUUUGUACAUUAGCAAUUAAAAAAAAAUAACAUCUGACGGAAUUGCUGGCUUACAAAUUGUUUAAGACUAAUGAUAGGACAACAAAUAUGUAAUUUAGCUUUUUUACUUAAUAAUGAAAUUUUUUUUUCAUGUUGUUCAAGAUUAAGUAUGGUUAUUAUUCAUUUCAUUACAAAGUUUCAAAUCUCAAGGCAUUUGACGUAUUCAUUUGUGAUUUAUCGGAAAAAAUUUUUCAUAAUAAGAAAUCAAGAUUACGAGAUUUUUAGAUAUGGCGAGAUCUAGAUAGAUUGAAAAGUUGAUUUUUAUUUGAUUGGGUCAAGUUUGAUUAGGUCUUGUAAGUCUAGAGUCAUAAAGCUCUAGAUCUGGUCAGAUCUAUAGAGAUCUAGUGUUUGAUAGCACUAGAUUUGCCUAAAAUUGAUCAAAUUUCAUGUAACAUAAACUGAUAGAACUUUUACACCAUUGGAUAGAAUAAGGAUAAGAGUAGGGCUAAAAAUUACGGUUACGCAUGCUCGUAGGUACAACAACGGAAACAUUGAUUUGUACGCAUAUGCAGCCGUAAAUUUAAGCCCUACUUAUAGUCUCAUUAUUUUUCCAUCCAGUAUAAAGGCAUCUAGUAUUUUUUUUCAAAUCUUACGAGAUCUCUUCAUAUUAAAAAUUUCUGAAAUUCUGAUCUGAGCAAACUUUCAGGAGAUUUAAAAAUACUUUCCUAAGUUCUAAAUAUUUGCGAUAAAAUUUUUGAUUAAUAAUAAAAGGUAAACAAAAAAAAAAUUCUUUGAAUCAAUCUAUAAAUUGAUUUAAUAAAACAAAAAAAAAGGAAAAACGAGAUAG